GUAUUUCCAGUAACCGGUUAUCGACAACAGCACACAUACCGGCAAUAUGGAAAUUAUUUGUCCACGAGUAAUAUUUCUUAUAACAUUGCUAAUUUCUUUUUUAAUUAACUCAUCAUGCAGUGACGAUGAAGUGCCGCGUGUUGGAAUUAUUGGGGCAGGCAUUGGAGGAACAUCGGCCGCCUUUUUUCUCCAGCAGUUGUUUGGCGGAAAAGUAAAGAUUGAUAUCUUCGAAAAGCAGCAUGUUGGCGGUAGGCUGGCUGCUGUGAAGGUUGGCGAAGAAGAGUUCAAUGCUGGUGGAACCAUAAUUCACCCAGCAAACCUCUAUAUGCUGAACUUUACAGAAAUGUUAGGCUUGAAACGUGACACCAAUCCUGAGGCGGGAAGACUUGGCCUAUAUGACGGCAAUGAGAUUGUAUUUUCCACAAGUGCCUAUUCCCCGAUCACACUAGCAAAGCUGUUCUGGAGAUACGGCAUGGAUAUCUAUAACAUAAGGAGCUGGGUGCAGGAGAAUAUACUCAACUGCAUGACUCGGCUCUACAAGUUCCAGGCCACUGGGCAUGCAUUCUCUACAGUGGAGGAUCUGCUGAAUGCCAUGUGCCCUCAUCUGGUGCAGUAUGGAAAGACCUCCAUCAAGGAACUCUUGAAGAAAGAUGGAUUCUCAGAUCGAUUCAUUGAAGAGUUCGUUAUGGGCGCUUUACGUGUAAAUUAUGGGCAGACGACAAGUGUUCAUGGACUUGUAGGUUCGGUAUCUAUGGCAGGAGUUGAGCCUGGGCUGUGGAAUGUUGUCGGUGGCAAUCAGAAGGUGCCCCAGGGGCUGCUGGGCAAGUCAGGUGCCAACCUGAUCAGGGGAAAGGUAACCAGUGUAUCUCUAUCCAGUGAUGGUUCCCCUCCUGUUUACCAGAUUGACUACCUCCCCCAAAAGUCAUCAAAAAAUGGAGACGAUCUUGAGUCGAAAGAAUACGACAUUGUGAUACUAGCCACGCCCUUUUACAAAGCAUUGUCAGACAUAAGCUUUGUGGAUUUCCAGACCAGCAUUGACCCGGUAGACAAUGACUUUCAUCUAACUGUGGCCACGUUUAUGCAGGGACUUCCAAAUGCAUCAUACUUCAACGUAGAUUCAUUGGACGACCUUCCCAGUACUAUCCUCACUACCAAAGAGAACAUUUUCUUUAAUUCGUUAACCAAAAUGAAACCAGUCAAUGACAAGUCAAAACCAUCUGAAAAGCCAGUGUACAGAAUGUUUACAAAUCAUGUUCCAAACGUAGAUGAACUAAAGCAACUUGUCCCUGAGUGGUCUGAUUUAAGAGUGGUUAACUGGAUGGCCUACCCUGAAUACUCUUCAACUGUAAACUUGCCUUCGUUCACCCUCCACGAUCAGAUGUACCACAUUAAUGCUAUUGAAAUGGCUGCGUCCGCCAUGGAAAUGAGUGUCGUUGGAGCAAAGAAUGUGGCCCUCUUGGCGUACUACAGAUAUUUCGGACAUUAUGACAAAAUUGAUGAAAUGUUAUCAGGUGAAACUGCCACAGAUCGUUCUGAUCUCUAGGGUAGCCUUCUAUGUCACAUAGUGGUGCAAUAUGUUUUAAUGAAUUAUUUACUCACUUGUUACAUUCAUGUCUCGUUAAAUGUGUACCAAAGGAUGUUUUAGUAAGUCUUCUUUGGUCACACGCAUAUGAGGUGUACAUUAAUACUUGAAAACCCUGCCAUUUGUGGAUUUUAAAUCACAUUAAUGAGAGCAAACAAGUAUUGAUUAUCCAAUACUCUGUAGCAGUGAUUUGUUUUGCCCAACAUUUCAGCCUCUUACAAGCUGUUUCCCAAUUCCAAAAUGAAACUAUUUUUUUCUGAAUAUCUGACCAAAAUUUCCGCAAAAAUAUGCCAAACCUUUCCAAUAAUUGGUUAAUUUAAUAUACAUCAAUUUAAUUCCCUAGCACUUAAUAAUAUAAAUUUGAAAGCAGUUAAACAUGCAUUUCUAAACAAUUGGUUUACUUUGAUUGAUAAUCAUAAUAAAGUGAUAUUAUGGGCAUCUAACAGUUUAUAGGUGUCUAUCCCAAUCGUUGUUUAUUUUUGGUGUUUUCACUUCAUAAUACACUUAUAUUUGUUAAUGCAGCAUCAACAUACUAAAACAAUAUCCUGGAAAGAGAAAAAUAAUGCAUUUGAAUAUGAACCGUACUUUCGUUUUGACAACUGUCAAUUUGAAUCUUAAUGUAGUUUUAGUGCAAAUUUGUUAAUACAGCACAAAGACACUUUUGUUUUACGUAUCAUUUCGGCUUUAGUGUUUUAUCCAGGCCUAAUCAGCGUGGCAACCUGCCAUGCCCCCUUUUUCGGAGCACCACACUGACCCUUUCAAAGCCAAUUAGCGCCACGUGUACUUUUAUCCAGAUCCAUAUGUAUAAAGUCUUAUCUGCUUUUGCAAUCGCGUGUCUCGGUGUCCCCAAGACGCACAUAUUAAUGCAUGACUGCGUAUGACGCAAUAAAAGAGGGCUUAUUACCCAAAAGUGCUGUAAAAUCAAUAAUCAUUCCGUAUCAAUUAAUUGCUCGAGUUGGUAUAAGCUCCAAAUACAACAUUUUAACUCCGCCAGGCAUUUUUGUGAUGCAUACAUCAUUUUGAUUACCUAAGCGGCAUUUUCAAUGGAAGCAGAUCAGAAAAAGGAGUUUGUUCUUAAGAAAACAGGGUGGGUUUUGUGUCGACGAAUUAAUGAUAGUCAAGUUUCUAAAUGACAAACAAUGACGACCCAAACUUCUGGCGCAGACUAUUUAACUGAAAUAAACCAGCAAUAGUUGUUAUUCAGUCCUCGCGUAUGACUGUUUUUUUUCGCUCACUUACAUGAGGUAGAAAUAAAAUUUACCUAAAUCAAUGAAGUAACGUAUUGUUAUUUAAACUAAAAUGAUCGGAAAUCUUUUGUUAAUAUCAGAAUAUUCGUAAGACACGAGGGCCGUAACAGUAAAGAUUGCUAUUACUUAGAGAUAAGCCAAGUUUUGAAUACUGUGACAGUGUCCAUUACAAGUCAAAUCCUAAUGAUUUUAAAGAACUUGUAUUUACAUGUAUAGCAUUUUUUUGUUUGUUAUUUAAUGACAACCUGGUCCAUGAGUGGCAAACCUGCAUAUACAUGUACCGCCAUUCGUUUGACUCUCAUUGUCACGAGGAACACGCGGAUAUUUCAGGCUGUUUGAAACUUUCUUUGUUCAACGUAUCAUUAAUUAAUGAAUACAGACAAGAUUUAUAGUUAAAAAGUGGCAUUUAUUAAAGGCAUUACGAAACACAUGUAAUUUAGUUCAUUCAGGGACGUAUACAAACACGUGUUUAAGGACGUAUACAAAUGCGUGAUUUUUUCACGAAAAUCAAAGUUUUAAGCUGUGAUUAAAAGUUUCAACAAGUUGAAAACACCCAAUGUGCCCUUUGUUAGAGAAUCGCCGUGCGAAAUGCCUUUUUUAGCUCACCUGUCACGAAGUGACAUGGUGAGCUUAUGUGACCGUGUGAUGUCCAGCGUCCGUUUUGUGUGCGUGUGUGCGUGCGUCCAUCAACAAUAUGUUUGUGUAGACAGUAGAGGUCACAGUUUUCAUCCAAUCUUUAUGAAAUUUGGUCAGAAUGUUUAUCUUGAUGAAAUCUGGGUUGGGAUUGUAUUUGGGUCACCUGGGGUCAAAAACUAGGUCAAUAAGUCAAAUAUCAGAAAAACUUGUGUAGACAAUAGAGGUCACAUUUUUCAUCCAAUCUUUAUGAACUUUAGUCAGUAUGUUUAUCUUGAUGAAAUCUGGGUUUGGAUUGUAUUUGGGUCAUCUGGGGUUAAAAACUAGGUCACUAGGUCAAAUAAAAUAAAAACCUUGUGAAGACAAUAGAGGUCACAGUUUUCAUCCAAUCUUUAUGAAAUUUGGUCAGAAUGUUUAUAUUAAUAAAAUCUGGAUUGGGAUUGUAUUUGGGUCAUCUGGGGUCAGAAACUAGGUCACUAGGUCAAAUCAUAGAAAACCCUUGUGUAGACAAUAGAGGUCACAGUUUUCAUCAGAUCUUAAUUAAAUAUUGUCAGAAUGUUUGUCUUGUUAAAAUCUGUGUUGGGAUUGAAUUUGGAUCAUCUACGGUCAAAAACUAGGUCACUAGGUCAAAUAAAAAACAACUUUUGUAGACAGAAGAGGUCACAGUUUUCAUCCAAACUUAAUUAAAUUUGGCCAGAAUGUUUAUCUUGAUGAAAUCUGGGUUGGGAUUGUAUUUUUGUCAUCUGUGGUCAAAAACUUGGUCACUAGGUCAAAUCAUAGAAAAACCUUGUGUAGACAAUAGAGGUCAUUGUUUUCAUAUGAUCUUGAUGAAGUAUGGUCAGAAUGUUUCUCUUGAUAAUAUCUGAUUUUGGAUCGUAUAUGGGUCAUCUAGGGUCAAAAAUUAGGUCACCGGGCCAAUUCUAGUAAAACCUUUUGUAGAUAAAAGAGGUCACAGUUUUCAUCACGUCUUAAUGACAUUUUGUCAGAAUGUAUUAAUUAAUGAAAUCUUUCUUGGGAUUGUAUAUGGGUCUGAUAGAAUUUAAGUUGAUGUAGCAAGGUUAGCGAUUCAGGGCCAUCAUGGCCCUCUUGUUUUUAAGUCAUUCGCCAUGCCCCUCUGCCCUUCUAGAUUAAACACUAGGCUUACAGGACUCGCCAGUCAUGUAAAAUAUCAAAUAUAUCUUUUUAUUAACAACUGGUAGCAAGAUGAGUUGCAGAUAAUUAAUCAGUUAUCACAUUUUAACUUACUCUUUUGACCUGUUAAUUCUUUUCAGCUCAAUUCAACAGUGAAAAAUGCCCAUAAUAUCACUUUAAUAAUGGUUCAUUUUUCCCAAUUUCAUGGUCUAUUGUGCUUUUUUACGCAAACAAAUAUCAUUUUUAAUCUUUUUACAAUUUUGUUGCAUACAGAUUUCAAUCAUUUCAAUGUAUAAGGUUUUCAUCAAAUAAUAUGCAUGUGUAGAAAAAAUGUUGACAAACGUUCUCGUCAUAACUUUUUUUCCAAACAUCAGAAUUUUCAGAGAACAGUAUUUUGGCACUUGAAAUGCCCUAUUUUAUAUGAAUAUUGCUUCAUGAGAUUGGGAAGUUUAAUGCAAGAUCAUUUUAACAGGGAUAUUUAAUUUGUUUACUGGUAUAACUUGGUAACUUUCAUGAGCCAUGUUUUGGUAUUGACUUAUGUAAUUUUUGCCAUGUUGUACAACCGUACUUCCUGAAACAAAACAAGUUUAUGUUCAGUUACAUGACUAUGUAAAAUUUAAUAAGGAAAUAUGUUCAUUUAUGUUAGGGUUACCAGUAGCCCAAAUGUUUAAUGGCAACUUAAAAUUUUAAUUGGUUCCAACAAAUUCUGUAAACUGGCUUAUUAAAUUUCUAAACAUAUGAAAAAAAGAUGAAUACUUUCUGAUAACAUUAAUUUAAUCUACUGAUUUAAUUUCUUAGUUCCAAUCAUGUUACAGCUUAGAAUAUUGCCAAUGUUUUUGUUGUCAUGUCAUAUGUAAGUUUAAAAUACAUUUACUGUUUACUAGUUUUGACCAUUGAUUUCCUAAUGCAAGACGAGGUGUUUAAAAAACUUGAACAAUGCUGUUAAUGGUUAGUUUUAAUAAUCUACUCUUGUCCACAUUGAAGUACAAAAUGGAGUUAUUUACAAUAAUUGAAUAACAAUUGAAUAAACUCUCAAAAUGUC